AUGCCUGUCUCUACAGACUCUGCUUUUAGCACGAAUCACUCGGCGCUCGACUUUUCCCAGUUCCCUUCUCGCCGCAGCGUCGUCCAUAGCACCGAGGGCAUCGUCGCUUGUACGCAGCCACUUGCCGCCAAGUGUGGUCUCGAUGUGCUUCGCGCUGGUGGAAACGCAGCUGAUGCAGCCGUCGCUGUCGCUGCUGGGCUCAACAUGACCGAGCCGUGCUCGACUGGCAUCGGCGGGGACAUGUUUAUUCUGUAUUGGGAUGCGCAGAAUAAGACAGUCUCAGCAAUGAACGGCUCUGGCCGGUCCGGUGCCAAGUGCACGCUGGACAAGGUCCGCUCGGCGCUGGGCCUCAAGGACGACGGCACGGACAGCAUCCCUAUGCUCAGUGUCCAUGCUGUCACCGUCCCCGGGGCUGCAGCGGGUUGGUUAGACACCGUUGAGCGAUUCGGAAGCGGAACACUGACCAUGGCUGACAUCCUGCGGCCCGCAAUCGACCUUGGUGAGAAGGGCUUCCCCGUAUCCCAAGUGGCCGCUUCUGCCUGGGGAGAGUCAGAGGAGCUCAUUCGCAGCGCCUCGCCCAACUUCGCUGAGAUGCUGAAGAGGGACCCGGCCGCCGCUGAAGGUGUCCGCGCACCUAGGACCGGCGAGAUUAUGAAGAACGAACGGCUGGCGAGUACCUUCCGCACGCUGGCGAAGGAGGGGAAGAAAGGGUUCUAUACUGGUCGCAUCGCCGAGGAGCUCGUCAAGGUCGUGCAAGACCUCGGCGGCUUUCUUGACCUGGAUGAUCUGAAGCAUCAUGCUGAGAUGGGCAGUGAGCCGGUUGAGCCCAUCUCGCUCAAAUUCUACGGCCAAGGGCUCUCCGCCCAGUCCGCAGACGGGGGCAUUGAGCUCUGGGAGCACCCGCCUAACGGGCAGGGAAUCGUUGCGCUCAUGGCGCUUGGCAUCAUCCAAGAGCUGGAAAAGGCCGGCCAAAUUCCCACCUUUAAGCCGGAAGACUUUAACAGUCCCGCGUACCUCCAUGCCAUCAUCGAGGCCCUACGUUUGAGCUUUGCCGAUGGUAACUGGUAUGUCACUGACCCUAACGUGACCAAAGUCCCAAUCGCGGGCAUGAUCUCCGAGGAGUACCUCGCCAGCCGGGCGAAGCUGUUCGAUCCGUCAAAGGUUGGCGAAAACAUUACAGAAGGGCGACCCCUCUUUACCUCGCCGGCGCUGCAGAGCAGUGACACCGUCUACUUCACCGUCACCGAUGCCGCCGGCAACGCCGCCUCCUUCAUCAACUCCAACUACGACGGCUUCGGCAGCGGCAUCAUCCCCCGCGGCUGUGGAUUCACCCUCCAAAACCGCGGGGCGAACUUCUCGCUCAACCGCAACCACCCGAACAGGAUCGAGCCCCGGAAGCGUCCGUACCACACCAUCAUCCCGGCCAUGGCGACCAACACUCGCGAUGGCUCCCUGCACUCUUCUUUCGGUGUCAUGGGCGGCUUCAUGCAGCCGCAGGGCCACGUGCAGGUGCUCCUCGGGCAGGUCGUCGGCGGGCUCGAUCCUCAGCAGGCCCUGGAUGCACCUCGCAUCUGCAUCGGCAGCGGCCUCGCGGAAGUGGAAAAGACGAGUGAGUGGAUCGUGCAUGUCGAGGAGGGCAUGCCGGAGGCGACGAUUGACGGACUCCGGAAGCUGGGGCACAAGAUCAAGCUGGUGAGCGGUGACAAGCGCAGCCUCUUUGGACGAGGGCAGAUUAUCCGCUACUUGGUCGACUCUGUCGAAAAAACGCCGGUGUGGUCUGCGGGCAGUGACUCGCGUGGUGACGGCGCCGCGUAUCCGGCCUAG